CGCCUUCUCCGCGGGCAGAGCUCGGCACAGUAGUAUAUAUAGUCAAACUGCAGAAUCUGUUUGAUCAUCAAUCGCUCCAUACUGAAGAAUCAGAAAGAAAAAAAGGAAAUCAAAAUCAAGGAAAGAAUGGCGGCAGAAGAAGGCCAGGUUGCUGUGACAGUGAGCAACAAGCAAGUGAUUUUCAACAACUACGUUUCAGGCUUCCCGAAGGAAUCCGACAUGUCAAUAGCCGUCGGGGAAAUCAACCUCAAACUCCCCGAAUCCGCCGCCGCCGGCGUCCUGCUGAAGAAUCUCUACCUCUCCUGCGACCCUUACAUGCGCCCUCGUAUGAGGAAUUCCUCUGGCUCCUACGUCGGUGCCUUUCAGCCAGGAUCACCAUUGAGUGGAUAUGGAGUGGCGAAGGUUUUGGAAUCAGGGCAUCCAAAUUUUGAGAAGGGUGAUCUGGUGUGGGGGUCAACAGGGUGGGAAGAGUACACUGUGAGUACAGAACCUGGUCAACUCUUCAAGAUUCAGCACAAAGAUGUACCACUCUCCUAUUACACUGGGAUUCUUGGUAUGCCUGGAAUGACUGCCUAUGUUGGACUGUACGAGCUCUGCUCCCCUAAGAAGGGAGAGUAUGUGUAUGUUUCAGCAGCUUCAGGCGCAGUUGGUCAGCUUGUUGGGCAGUUUGCAAAACUGGCUGGCUGCUAUGUCGUUGGAAGUGCAGGAAGUCAAGAAAAGGUGAAUGGGGGGCAAAAGGUUGAUCUGUUGAAGAACAAGUUCGGAUUCGACGAAGCUUUCAACUACAAAGAGGAGCAGGACUUGGCCGCUGCACUGAAAAGGUACUUCCCUCAGGGAAUCGACAUCUACUUUGAGAACGUCGGAGGGAAGAUGCUGGAUGCCGUGCUAGGGAACAUGAGGCUCCGGGGCCGGAUUGCUGUCUGUGGGAUGAUCUCUCAGUAUAACCUGGAGAGCCCUGAAGGAGUUCACAACUUGGCGAGCUUGAUCAUGAAUCGAAUUCGGAUGGAAGGGUUCAUAGUCAGUGACCACUACCAUCUGUACCCGAAGUACCUGGAGAUGGUCGUGCCCAAGAUCAAGGAAGGGAAGAUUGUUUACGUGGAAGACACGGCUGAAGGCUUGGACAAUGCUCCUGCUGCUCUGGUUGGGCUGUUCUAUGGCCGUAAUGUCGGGAAGCAGGUUGUUAAGGUUGCUGAUGAUUGAAGGAGGGUGGGUGUUUGGUGGUUGAGUUGGGGGAAAUGAAAGUGUACUCUUCCUUGUUUGUGUGUUUUGAGAUUGUGAGAUGGUGGUCUUGAUCGGAAGAUGAAUAAAGCA